AUGUAUCAAAUCGAAGAGCAUCUAGCGCCGUUACCAGGCGUUAUUACAAACUCACUAUUAGACGAAUCCAGUUCCGACAAUGAUUCCUGCGUUGAAGUUACCUCUAUUGUCGAUGAAAAUGAAUAUGAAUUAAUCAAAUGGACUAAUUAUUUACAACUUAAUUCAGACUUGGACGAUGAUAGCGACGCUAAUUAUUCUUCGACUCAACCUACAUCACUCGUUAAUUAUUCGUCGUCAGAAUCAUCUAGUGAUGAUGAAAACUUAUUACAAUCAUCUCAUCAAGCUGCAUCUUCUAAUAAUAACAGCACUGUCGAUACUACAUCUUCGUCAACAUCAACUAUCAUUAAAAAACGUAAGCGACGUCAAUGGACCGUAAACGAAAAAUUAAAUGCGAUCGUCUACUUCGAAAAAAACAACAACAAAUCUCAAACAGCCAAUGAUAUCGGAUGUGCUACAAAACAACUUCGUAUGUGGAUCAAGAAUAAAGAUGAAUUAAUAAAAUUGUCAUCUCAAAAGAAAGGUAAAAAACGCAUGCGUCGCAAUGGAGCUGGUAAAAAAUUAACUUAUGUGGACCUUGAUUCUCGUCUACUUGAAUGGUAUCGUCAAAAACGUACUGAUCCUGGAUCAACAACAACACCUGUUGCUGAUAUUCGUAAAGAAAAAGUGACAUUUCGUUAUCUUCAACGUCGUGGACGACAAUUAAGCCAAGAAUUAAAUCACGCAUGUCCAUCAUCAAAAUGGUUUGGUCGUUUUCUUGUUCGCCAUCGACUUUCUCUUCAACGUCCAAAACGACAACAAAAAAUUCCACUCGACGAAGUCCAUCAAAAAGCUACUUCAUUCUAUAACUAUCUACGACGAGCUAGUCGAUGGGCUCCAAAACGUGGUCCAAUGGGGGCCUUUACUGCUCGUGACGUAUUCAAUAUGGACGAGUCUCCACUUGCAUUAUUCGGCGAUCAAGCAAAACGAUCAAUUAAUGA